AUGGAAAUCAAAUUUCAUUUUGUCCAUGACAGGGUUCGUGCGAAGACCUUAUCAGUCAGAUAUGUGAGUUCUCAUGAUCAAGUGAUUCAUGCUCUUACUAAGCCUUUCUCCAACGUCCUAUAUCUGGAUUUGAAGCGCAAAUUGACAAUUGUUCCACUCCCUACUCAACUUGAGGGUGUGUGUAAGGAUAAUGAAUAUGGAGAGGUAGAAGAGGAGUUUGCUCGUGUUGAUACCGCAAGACUAAUCGCGAAAUUUUUGACAUCACGCAAUCCAGCUCCUCUUCGUGUACCUAAAGAAAAAGGAUUUGGGGGUUCACCUCAUACGCCCAUUAAAUUGCCAUCUUGGUUGUCAGAAGAGGAUCUCGAAUACUACACAAACAAGUUCAGACAGACAGGUUUUACUGGUGGAUUAAACUACUAUCGCGCUAUGGACCUAAACUGGGAGCUGACCGCGCCAUGGACCGGUGUGCAAAUACAGGUCCCGGUUAAAUUCAUUGUCGGGGAUGUCGACCUAACUUACAAUACACCUGGUGUUAAGGAAUACAUCCACAAAGGCGGGUUCCGAAAAAUGGUGCCGUUCUUGCAAGAAGUAGUUAUCAUGGAAGGAGUUGCACACUUCAUCAACCAAGAAAAACCUGAAGAAAUUAACGAUCACAUAUACGAUUUCUUCCAAAAGUUCUGAGGUGUGCUAUUUUUAUCAUGGAUUGCGUUGUCCCCUUAAAUCGUUUUUCAAGUCUCGGUGUGCGUGUUUGGAAUAAAAAUAUGAGGCUCUAGCGGGAACAGCCUCUCUACCCCGAACGGCAGCGGUAUGCUUUUAUUGGAAUAAAAAGCCAGUUUUAUGCAUCUUUGAACUACAGAAUCGGACUUGUUGAACUGGAAAUGAAGUACUUCUUAGAAAUUAAAAGAAAUGAAAAAUCUGAAUCGGAUGAUUAUUCGAUCAUUUAAUCAAUUACGAUUCAAAUUAGAAAGUGUAUUUUGUCAGCUUACCGAGGAUAUGACCCUGGAUAGAAAGGGGCAGAGGACGCGAAUUAGGGUAGAAGGUUAGUAUGUAGUAGUGCUUUGUUUUGUUAUCCGUGCUAGUUGUUAUAGUGCUAUUCUUGUAGUGUCUUGUUCUCGGAGUUUGGUGAUGUUCGUUGUUUCGAAUAGAUCGUUUCUAGUAUGACUUUGUGAUAGUCGUGUUUCUGUUAUUAUUUGUUGUGUUACUAUCUAUUGUUGCUUGUUUUC